CACGAACUCUGCCACUAUACUAUUGGAUUGGAUUUUGUUUGGGUCUUCCAUUCCCGUACGCGUCCGCCACGAACACGGUCCGUCGACGACGCGCGCUUGCCAGUUUUUUUGUGUUUUUUACAAUAAUAUUGUUUAUUAGCAUAAUAAUUAAAUUGCGGUUAUCACACUGUCAUCGACAAAUAAUCGCAUCUAUGCACCGGUAUUGUAACCGGCAUCGUUCACUAUUCGAUCGUCAGCUGCAGUUCGUUACCUAUCGCGGUCGCCACAGUUUUAAUAAUAUCGGUCGUUUUUCCCUCGAUCCAUCAUCCCCGAGUGUCGAGUGUGUUUGUCCGUAGCGCGAUAACCGCGUGCUGUUCGAAAACACGUUCCGAUAAUAUUAUAUAAUAAUAUACUAUUAUUAUUAUCUUUUCCGAUUGUUGCCGCCGAUGCGAUUUUGUGUCUCGUUUUCGUGAGAAAAAAAAUUAUUCAAACGUAGAAAUAUAAUAUGAGAAUGAGCGACAUGACCGUGUGCCCUGUGGCCAGCCGACAAUCGUUCUUCGACUCGUUCACCGUCGUCUCCAAAGCCAUCGGACAGUUGGAAAAACUUAUGUCCGGCAAACAAACCGAAAACGAAUGGAAGAGCACGCAGUGCAAUUCUGUGACUUCGUCAGCCAAAAAGAACCACAAGAAAGAAAACUCGCUGUUAAAAUUCUUGGCGUUGAACGCUCUGGAGUUGAGCGCACCCGCCAGCGAUGUGUUGCUGCGCAACAACAGCACGACCACAGCUGGGACCGUAGCGGAUCCCGAAGUACGAAAUGACAAGUCUCAAGAAACCGUGGCCGCCAACGUCCAGUCGGCGACUUGUAGGUCGACCACGGGCGUCCCACAACAACAGUCGUGGUUCCAGCUGUCCGGACAUCCGGACUGUUUCGCUCCUGCCGGCCUGGGCACGAUAUGGAAGAAGUGCAGUGGCGGCACCGAACGGGACGUGUACGAAGCGCUUUCCAACGAGCCCAGUCUUCAGGACAUCGUGCCCAAGUAUUACAGGGAAGUCGAGUACAACGGACAAACGUUCAUCGAGCUGCAAGACUUGCUGUACGGCUUCCGAGAUCCCAACGUCAUGGACAUCAAGAUGGGCACGCGCACGUUCCUGGAGUCCGAAGUGAAAAACUCUUCGGCGCGACAAGACCUGUACCUCAAGAUGAUCGCCGUGGACCCCGAUGCACCGAAUGCCGAAGAACGCGAGUUGCAAGCUGUCACAAAACUGCAAUACAUGCAGUUUAGAGAAGAACAGAGUUCAACGUGCAGUCACGGUUUUAGAAUUGAAGCCAUGAAGUUUCGAGGAUCUCCUCCCGUAACGGACUUGAAGACUGUGAAGAGCGACGAAGAAGUGAAUAACACUCUUGCUUUGUUCCUGGGCGACCGCCAUGACAUCAAACAGAGGCUGGUUGCCAGACUGAAUGAGAUAAGGUCGAAAUUGGAUCGUUCUCAUUAUUUUAAAACUCACGAGAUUGUCGGUAGCAGUAUCUUGAUCAUUUACGACGAUACUAAAAUCGGUGCUUGGCUGAUUGACUUUGCCAAAACAAGACACGUACCAGAGCACACAGUACUUACCCACAGGCGACCAUGGGUGCCUGGCAACCACGAGGAGGGCUUCUUGUUCGGUCUCGAUCAUCUCAUAGAGUCAACUGAGAAUUUACAUACUCCUGUCUCAAAAGAUUCUGUAGCGCCGUCGAGCUCUAUUAAAGUGGAAAAUUGAAAACUUUUUUCUUCAACUUUCUCGUGGAAUUCAUCUAGUCAAUAAUAUUUUCACCUACACUACACCGAGACAAACGUGGUUCACAUCCUCGUUACUAUCACGUGUGAA